GUUGUGUUGCAGCAUGUAAUUAUAAUUAGCACCCUCGUUGCCUCGAACCAGCACAUACAUCCAGUACAUACAUAUACACAGUAGAUACAGGCUGAGUCGUACCUGGCCUUAAUUGUCCGAGUCAUGGACCGGGAGCUGGCCAAGUUCCAACUUCACCACGAAUCAUUGCUUGGGGGGUCUGGGGGUGUGUGGCAUACAUUGCUGUCGCCGCCUUCGACCUGGAUUUUGACUUCUGGAUGCAGCACACGCAUCGCACACAGAAGCAGCAGCAGCACCACCGCCACCACCACCACCACCACAUGUCACUUCCCGUAUACCACCCUGACUAUAUACAAUACGAGGGGCAUCGCCAUCUUCGCCAUCACCGUCUCCGUCACCGUCUCCGUCACCGUCACUGCCACGGCCACUGACACGAACAAAGGUGAGAGAGAGGGGAGUCUGUGACUAAGCCAUUGCCCGACCGGGCAUGCUCCCCUCGCCACCGGAUCUCGGAGCUGUGCGAGGUAGAUGAGGCUGUCUCUGCCUCGUCAGGCUCGCAGGCUCGUCCAUCCAGCCAUCUCUUCAUCUCCUGCCGCCUGUCAGGCCAAGGCGGGUGAUUACCACGAACGGACUACGCUCAUUUACUGUUAUCUUGACCCGGCACUACCACGAUACUAUUACAGCAGGCCCUGCUGGCCCUGCUGGCCCAGCUGCCACUUCUGCGCAUUGCUGUUCCAAUGUGGAAUCCGGCAUUGCCCACGCGCUCGCUGAUCGUCGAUGGUGAAACGAGAUCAGCAGAAUGCCUCGCCCCGUCGCCAGGGAUGUCCACCUGCUCCCCCGGCACCUGGGAUACUGGACCAUGCAGCAUACUGUGUGUGACACAGCACAGCAUGCAGACAGCCUGACAGCAAUAUGUUGCCUGUCUGACAUUUCGAAAAUUCCCAUCAACCGGCAACCGUCCUGCGGCCAUGCUUGCCAAGAACACGUUGCACUCCGCAAGCACAAGCCCUGUUGUCGCUAUAAAGCCACAAAUCGAUUGUACAGACAGCCACAAGACCGCUCUACUCGAAGCAUGUUGGCAUGCGCCCCUCCGCCAGCACCGUCGAGGCCAUCUCGGCCUGCCGCCCGGUGUCUGACUUUUUGGAGUUGCUUGUGACACGUUCAUCCCAUCUGAUCUUCCCGGCCAAAUUGUGCUCGACCUUCCAAGUCCGCAGUGCUCAUUUCACGUAGGAAAUUGGACAGCCGGGAAGAUAUCACCACAGGUUACACCUAGAAAAUUUGCGAACUGACAAGUCCAAUCGCGGCGUGCAUCGUGCUGGCAGGCCCGACAAGGGAAAUUAAAAUUUGGCCCGAUAGCCACGCCCACUAUCGUCAUCGGUCCUAAGAGCUCGAGCGCGCGUGCCCACUGCCUGUCUGGUUGCCAGCUUCCCUGAUACUAGUAUCUUGGUUGCUGGUGUCGGUUCUAAAAAUGCUGUCGUCUGUGUGAGACCCCGGAGGGACGAGUCUCUCUCGCAACUACGACUCGCACCCAAACAUGUCUUGUGUCGGAAUACUUGGCCCAUGCUCUGAACCACUGGCUGGUCUGCCGCGCUGCAGGUUGUCGGCGGUGGUGGGUGUGGCGCGCAGGACGGGCAACAACGAAGCAAGAUGGCGAGAUGGCCAUGCACGGCACGGCACUGCAGACUGGCGUAUCACGGGCGUGUUGCCGCAGCCAAUCCACAGGCCACACAGUAGCGGACCACGGAGGCGGUGUCGACGACACAUCAAAUGCAAGAGCUCAAGAUCAUCGCUGCCGAGCCAGAUGGAUGGAGCCGCCGUGGGCCUCGACAACCCCAAGCUCUCAGCACCAAUUGGCCUGCCAGCGCCGCCCCUCAUCAGGGAGAGACCCCCCUCCUGCCAUCCAGCCUGCCAGCCCAUCCCGACAGCAACUGCAGCAGUGCCAAGUUGCAGGCUCAUGACCCCUGGUCUUCGCGGCAGCUCGGGGGCCCAGGCACAAAUUAGCGUGGUCAAGAGAUGGUGGGGACCCCAAAUCCCUGGCCCCAUUCAUUUUACCGAUGUGCAGCAGCUAGACUACCCACUGUACCGUCAUGUACCACCAGAGCAGCUUCACCCCUCCAAACCCACAAGAGGUACCUGAGUACGUACCCGCCCGAGCCAGCUAAGGGAAGGGAAAAAAAAGGGGACCUAUUCUUGAUGGUGUGUCUGGAAAGGGGGCCAGGCGGGAUAACCGUCAUUUACCAAAGAAAACUGUCCAGAUCCCAAGAAGAUUUCUUGCGCCUCGCCGGCUACUAGAACCGACCUCGACCCUCACUGCCUCUCGCUACCUUCGUCCUCAACGCCAUUGUCUCCCACGCCUGCUUCGCAUCGUAACCACCGGCUGCGAGCAGUAUCAACUAGUUCCCCUCCUUCACCAAACACUCAGUGCCUCUAUCCAGCUUUCACAAUGGCUGACACCAACGUCGACGUUCUCGUCAUUGGCAUGGGCCCAACGGGUCUGGGUGCCGCCAAGCGCCUUAACCACAUCAACGGCCCCUCGUGGCUGAUUGUUGACUCUGGCGAGAAGGCCGGUGGUCUCGCCUCCACCGACGUUACUCCUGAGGGCUUCCUGUACGAUGUUGGCGGCCACGUCAUUUUCUCCCACUACAAGUACUUCGAUGACUGCAUCGAGGAGGCCCUCCCCAAGGAGGACGACUGGUUUGACCACCAGCGCAUCUCCUACGUCCGCUACAAGGGCCUCUGGGUCCCCUACCCCUUCCAGAACAACAUCUCCAUGCUGCCCAAGGAGGACCAGGUUGCCUCUCUCGAGGGCCUCAUUGACGCAGCCAUGGAGGGCGCCGUCACCAAGUCAAAGCCCAAGAACUUUGACGAGUGGAUUGUGCGACAGAUGGGUGAGCACAUUGCCAACAUCUUCAUGCGCCCCUACAACUACAAGGUCUGGGCCGUCCCCACCAAGGAUAUGGGCAGUGAUUGGCUCGGUGAGCGUGUAGCUGCGCCCAACGUCAAGCUUGUCACCAAGAACGUUGUUCUGAACAAGACUGCUGGCAACUGGGGCCCCAACGCCACUUUCCGCUUCCCUGCUCGUGACGGUACCGGUGGUAUCUGGAUCGCCGUCGCCAACACUCUGCCCGAGGAGAAGAAGCGCUUCGGCAAGUCGGGUGAGGUCACCAAGGUCGAUGCCGACAACAAGGUCGUCACCAUGGCCGACGGCUCCAAGAUUGGCUACAAGAAGCUCAUCUCCACCAUGAACGUCGACCAGCUUGUUGAGAAGAUGGGCAGCGAGGAGCUUGUCAGCAUCUCCAAGGGUCUCUACUACUCUUCGACACACGUCAUUGGUGUUGGUCUCCGUGGAAGUCGCCCUGACCGUAUUGGUGACAAGUGCUGGCUGUACUUCCCCGAGGAUAACUGCCCAUUCUACCGGGCCACCAUCUUCUCCAACUACUCUCCAUACAACCAGCCCCAGUCGGACGUCAAGCUGCCGACCCUUUACAAGGCCAACGGCAGCAAGGCGGACUCGAGCGAGCCCAAGGAGGGUCCUUACUGGUCCAUCAUGCUCGAGGUGUCCCAAUCCACCAAGAAGCCCGUUGACGAGGCCAACAUCCUCAAGGACUGCAUCCAGGGCCUGAUCAACACCGAGAUGAUCCUGCCCGAGGACGACAUCGUCUCCACCUACCACCGCAAGUUCGACCACGGAUACCCCACACCCGCACUGGAGCGUGACGGCGUCCUCAAGGAGCUCCUGCCCAAGCUGCAGGCCAAGGACAUCUUCUCCCGUGGCCGUUUCGGCAGCUGGAAGUACGAGGUCGGAAACCAGGACCACUCCUUCAUGCUGGGUGUCGAGGCCGCCGACCACAUCGUCAACGGUGCUGUCGAGCUGACCCUCAAUUACCCUGACUUCGUCAACAGCCGCGCCAACACCGAGCGCCGCCUAGAGCAGUCGUACGCAUUCUUCCAGCCCCAGAACUAAAAAGGAUGUUGGGGUUGGGGACGUGCGCAUGUAUUACGGAACAUAUGGGCGGGUUUUGCUAGAUUCAGGCUAGGAGUUGCAUGGAAAUUACAAGACGGACACUUGGUUGAUAUUACGAUGGGAUUUCCAGUAAAAGACACAGUCCCGGGGUAGACUGGGGGAAAUGUGGUAGAGAAAGACCACUGCGCGGCACGCGUCCUCGUCCUCCUUGUUUUCCGGGGCGGUCAGUGGAGCGAGGCCUAUAGAAAGAGAUACAGGGAACCUUGACCCUGCCUUUUGGGUGUACAUGGCUCCUAUGAUUCGAUAGACAUAGAUGUUCUACACCAUCCAUACCAACUUGCCCUAGUGGCAAUUUGCCUUUUCUC